AUGUGUGGGCUUCUACUCACAUUUGGCUUCUUAGCCGUUGCUACUGCGACAAUAGACCCAGACUGUACGGACGGUCUGUACAUGAUUGUUGCCAGAGGCAGUGAAGAGCAAGCAGCUGCCAGUAAGAAUGGUCUCUUCCCUGCGAACUCCGGGAGCCCUGGGUAUCUGGCACAGCUUAUUGCAGCGCGGAUCAAAGACUCCAAGGUCGUGGGAGUGGAAUACCCUGCAACGCUUGAUGACUACAUCCCGUCAGAGAAUGAGGGGGCAAAUGUUAUGCUGCGGCUGGCAAAUGAGUACCACGCGCCCUGCCCGGAUUCAAAAAUGGCCCUCUUAGGCUACUCGCAGAUCUGUCGAGAAUACGCUCAAGCUGACGCAUCCUUAGUUAUUGCGGCGGUCUUGUUUGGCGACCCAACGCACAUUGCCAACACAACCUAUAAUCGUGGCACAAGCGUUCACAAUAGAAUACUUGCGCGAACGAACAACACCGUGUGUAGGGAGUACAGUGACCGCAUGGCAUCAUGGUGCGAUAAAGGUGACGAGUUUUGCGAUGCAGGCCAUGUCGAUGGGGUUCAUGAACUCUACCUUCAAAGAUACAACAGUACCAUGGUUAAGUAUGUGGUUGAAAGAUGGCGUUGA